CAGCAGGUAUGAUGAUGCAUCUUUUUUUGGGUCAGGAACUUUCAGAUGUGCAACAGCACUGGGCGUACGAAGAGUGCCCCGGACUGUCCACAGAGGGACCGCAGCCUCUUGUUUUGCAGCUUUUGUACAGCAUCCCUUACGUGCGUGAGGAGUACGUGAGCCAGUGUAACUCCCGCGAGGCCACACCGUGUGCGUGCUUCCGCUUAACGCGGAGUUCCAAACAUAUACCAUCUCUUCAUCCACUUUUGCCGCGUGCCUCAGUAGAGCCACGUCCACAACGGACAACCCGAUGGCCGUGAGCGACACCGUUUCUGCUCAGCCCCGAAAGUCCGCACACAACCUUCAUACGAAUUUAGCAAGAUCUUCUCGGCUUUUGUCCUUUAGGUGUCGAGUAUUGAAUCACGUAGUCUGACCCCCAGAGUGAUCUGCACGAAGUUACACACGCGGAGGAAAUCGCACAGAGAUAAGCUUUUUCAUGCAACGGCUGUCUCCUUUAACAGGUGGACGGGGGGCCUGCAGAGAGGGAGCAGCAGACACAAUUACACUACGUCGUGUACUGGGACUGGGUGGCAGGGGCAGGACAGUGUGACAGGGAAAACCGCGCACACAGACGUCGCAAACGAGAACUUUUUUGAAGGCAACGCCACGCCAGGUACCACCCCGUGUUUCAGUAACACAGUGGGGAUCACAUCCGUCACAUCAGAGCGUGGGAUCGCUUGCGCAUGCCACUGGGACGAUGCUUUGCAUUGUAGAGCGAAUUGCAAUGCCAACGCGUGGUGUCAACCCCUCGGCGGCAAACGGCAAGCUCCCGCCGCGGACCCGGUCCGCAACGGGAUGCAGAGUGUACAUACACCCGAUGGUAAAGUUCAUAUCCUUACUUUUUGCCGUUUUUUACGCACGAUUCUUUCUGCUUUUUUGUGUACGCAUUCAAUCCACAUUUCCCACCAUGUCGGGAUACGGUCUUCCCAUUUCCCAGGAGGUGGCCAAGGAGCUGGCCGAGAACGCCCGGAAGAUUGCAGCGCCGGGCAAGGGUAUUCUUGCAGCCGAUGAAUCCACUGGCACCAUCAAGAAGCGCUUCGACAGCAUCGGAGUUGAGAACACCGAGGCGAACCGCGCGUUCUACCGUGACUUGCUUUUCAGCACUAAGGGUCUCGGCCAGUACAUUAGCGGCGCGAUCCUUUUCGAAGAGACUCUGUACCAGAAGAGCCCGUCGGGCGUGCCGAUGGUAGACCUGUUGAAGGCCGAGGGGAUCAUCCCGGGCAUCAAGGUCGACAAGGGCCUGGAGACUCUUCCGCUGACGGACGACGAGAAGGCGACUAUGGGUUUGGACGGCCUCUCUGAGCGCUGCAAGAAGUACUACGAGGCAGGCGCUCGUUUCGCCAAGUGGCGUGCGGUGCUCAGCAUCGACCCGGCAAAGGGAAAGCCUACAAAUUUGUCUAUCACUGAGGUGGCCCACGGCCUCGCGCGCUACGCGGCAAUCUGCCAAGCGAAUCGACUCGUCCCUAUCGUCGAACCCGAGAUUCUCACAGACGGCAGCCACGACAUCACCGUGUGCGCCGAAGUCACCGAGCGUGUGCUAGCGGCGGUCUUCAAGGCUCUGAACGACCACCACGUUCUGCUGGAGGGAGCGCUACUGAAGCCAAACAUGGUGACCCACGGCUCGGACUGCCCGAAGCCGGCGUCUCACGAGGAGAUUGCUUUCUACACCGUCCGCAGCCUGAAGCGCACGGUCCCGCCUGCGCUCCCCGGCGUCAUGUUUCUCUCCGGAGGCCAGUCCGAGGAAGACGCUUCGCUGAACCUGAACGAGAUGAACAAGAUGGGACCCCACCCGUUCCAGCUCUCCUUCUCUUACGGCCGCGCUCUCCAGGCUUCCUGCCUGAAGGCCUGGAAGGGUGUCCCCGAAAACAAAGCCAAGGCACAGCAAGUGCUGAUGGAGCGCGCGCGCGCCAAUGGCGAGGCACAGCUCGGCAAAUACGGCGGCGGUGCAGGCGGGGCCGCUGCGGCUUCAUCCCUCUUCGAGAAACGCUACGUGUACUAAACGCGUGGAGAGAAUAUCGGUGGAUACACAACCGUGCUGCUCUGCAAAGGGAUGAGAACGGAUGCGAUUUUGUCUUGCGCAGUCUCGUACCCGUGUUGAGUGUGCGCCGAUGUGAAGCGUGAUUCAGUCGCCGUGGCUCGAAACGAACGUGGAACCAGGGAACUUCGACGCAGGUAGACCACGGGGUGGAGAGUACGUCAUGUUGCUAGAACGCAGCUUGUUUCCUGUCGGUGAAGUUUGAACGGUGGAAAGCUGCGCUGGACAAACUUGUAUCCGCGAGACGAACGCAGUGCGUCUGCGGACAAAAACCGUUUUCCGCGGCGGGCAGCCGGCAGAAAGGACAGUGGUGUUGAUGUCGCGGUGGAGGAACCUCGCAAAAGCCAGAGCCACCGUCGAUGAAGCGUUGAACUUCCCGUGCAUGGACAGCAAAACAGAUUUACGCAAGAAAUCCUGUGGGCCGUGGUUGCUGCAAGUAAAGUAGCGGUGCCUCGUGAAAAAACGCAGGAUCUUGCACUGUUGAAUGAGCCACGUGAAACUAACGAAUCGGACAACUGAGUUGUGGAAUCUGUAGCAGCGAGCUAUGCUAAGACUUCAGCACAGUAGUGUGGGAUGUGUCUGCCAGAAGCAAAGGGGGGUUAGUGUCCAAAUUCGAAAGGGG